AUGUCGGCUGUGAAGUUUAAGACUAUGGACAACACCAUUCAUGUGGAUGAGAAGUGGUUUUACAUCACAAAGGCAGCAAACAGAUUUUACCUAACACCGGGAGAGGGAGAUCCUCACCGCACGUGCAAGAAUAAGGCUUUCAUAAAGAAGGUAAUGUUUGUGUGUGCAGUUUGUAGGCCGGUGUUUUCGAAUUCUGGUGAAUGCCUAUUUGAUGGGAAGAUUGGAAUCUUCCCACUAAUAGAACAACUUCCAGCCAAGAGAAACAACAAGAACAAACCGGCUGGAACUAUGGAAACAAAGCCUAUACAGUCCGUGACCAAGGAAAUCAUGAAAGGGUGCUACAUAAAUCAGCUUCUACCAGCAAUACAUCAAGCGUGGCCUGAAUUUGGAAGUAAAUUGAUCUAUAUUCAGCAAGAUAAUGCGAAGCCCCAUAUACUAGACUCAGACCCUGAAUUUAGGGCUGCAGCCACAGCUCAUGGAUUCGACAUAAGAAUAGUUCAACAACCACCAAACAGUCCGGACACAAAUGUGAACGACCUGGGAUGGUUUAGAGCUAUUCAGAGCAUACAAGAAGAGCAUGCAUGUUACAGUUGUGAUGAUCUUGUGAAGGCUGUUGAGGCAUCAUAUGCAGCACUAUCUCCUCACACACUUAACAAAGUGUUCCUUAGUUUGCAAUCAUGCAUGGUAGAGAUAAUGAAACAGCGAGGUCAUAAUGCAUACAAAAUCCCACACAUGAGGAAAGAUGCACUAAUGAGAGCAGGGGAGUUGCCAAGGGAUUUGGAGGUUUCUAAGAAUUUGGUGGAAGAGUGCAUUACUUACUUGACUGAACAUGCACCUAUGAAUUUGGUGCAACAGAUUAUGGAUAAGUUAGGAUAUCCCUUUGCACAAGAAGGCCUAAUCAAUGACUUCCAACAGUUAGAAAUUUAG